CUUUUAUUUUGAAAAGAACAAAAACAAACCUGGAAGUAUCUUAGCUGUAGUAGCUACUGUUGUAGUUUUUCGCGGGUGAUUUGCGUGUUUUCUUGUAAUGCAUUUCACCGUUGCGUAUCUUCUUAAUAUCAUUAGUACAACAAACUGACACAGAUAAAGACACUGCUACUUCACGCUCAUAGAGGAAGUAGCUCGUCAAUUAACGUUAGCUAGCUAGCUAGCUAGCUAGGCUAACCACACCAGAAGCUAGGACGUAAACGUUAGCAAGCUAAGCUAACGUAGCUCAACUUGGGGUCGCUGGCAGUGGUCUCGGUAGAUAUACGAUCGUGAUGUCUCUGAGCGCCGUUCACGGAACACUGUCGAGUCUGAAGUCGUGUCAGGCGGACAUCGGGACAGGAAUGGACAUAGUGACCGAUGUGGCGAUGGACCUGGCGGAAACACAGGAUCAAGGGGACAAUCCGGGCAUCAAGGAGAUGGAGGCCAUGAUUCUGGAGUGUGCUAAGCUGGACAGAGAAAUCAACCACUUUGUUGACAUUGUGCAACAAGUCACAUCAGAGGUUAACACACAGCAGCAGCCCGAGGCCAUGUUCAGCCUGUCGGCCAAAGUGAAGGAGCAGUUCACGGAGAGAAUAGCCAGACUCUCUGACGCCGAGCUGCAGAGUCACCCGAAAGUAGUGGCCUUCAUGGACAGCAUGAAGAACUCUCUCAACCAAGCCAACCAAGAGUCUGUAGAGAACACGGAGGAGCUCGAUGAAGACAUCGCUGUUACACAGAGCCAAGUCAACUUCACCUGCCCACUCACACAGGUGGAAAUGGUGAACCCGAUGAAGAAUAAGAAGUGCAACCACCACUAUGAUGAAGCUGCCAUACUGGGCCUGAUCAAAGCAAAACAAGGCCAGAAAAAGAAAUGCCGCUGUCCUGUGGUGGGCUGUGGGAACACCGACGUGAGACAGUCGGAUCUGAUUCCUGACCAGAUGCUGAGGAGAAAGAUCCAGAGCCAAAAGAGACACAGCAGCCGCACAUAGUACUGUUUUACAUUUCUAGUGGCAGAAUCUUUAAUUAUAUAGCCCGUGACAAGGGAAUUAAUUGUAUUUUAAGAAGGAGUAUGUUGUUGGCAGUAUUUUUGAGCCACUUGUUUUCAUUUGUCGGUUGAGACUAGUUAUUCAAUUUAUAAUUUUUCUAUUCAGAGAUUUGUUCCUGAAGAAAACUCUGCCAUCCGGCAAAUGCGAUUUUAAUUAGUGAUGAUUUGUUUGUAUUUCAACUGGAGCCUUUUUUUUCUUUUGUAUUCUUGUUCUAUGUAAAAAAAAGCUGCAGACCUUUUGAUAAAUGAAUACGGCCAAAGUUGCAUUUGUGACCGGGAGUGACUGUAGAUAUGUUUGUAUUAUCGUAACACUGUGCAGUACGUCGACAGAACCACAAGAGAGCAGUGUCUGCAUGAGGACACAGGAUCUAUGUUAAAGAAAUACAUUUUUCAUCUCUGGAUUAUAAAUUCUCAACUCCAGGUGUGAUGGAGGAUUAUUAGUAGCAUUGUGACUACUGUUCCCUACUGGCAACUAUGAAUCCAGGAAGUGCUCAUUUUAGUCUUUGCUCAUCAUCGAGCAUAUAUACGUGAAUGCACUUUACAUAUUUAAAGAUGUUGAAAUCUUAAUGUGACUUGUGAUGAUCCUCAUUAAAAUAAUAGUUUAUUCUAACUGAAGUAAAAGCUAAAGUAGGAUUCUGGAGAUACUAAAUUAAUUUCCUUAAAAAAACCCUGUUAUUUGAAUGAGCCAUUAUUAACGAACCAUUGUCAAACAUCUGCAGGAAUGCACUUUGCACUUAUGUGAUUAAAUCUCUCCAUCCAGCCUGCUCUCGCUCCUUGUAAAGGGUCUUUGUUCCAAAAGAGAAACAAACAAAAGGCUGUGUUGAGAUGAAACUAGGUGAAGCUAAUCUUUUAAUAACCUUGCAUCACGCAUUUUCAAAAAUCUCUAAUUGCUCUUCCCCUCCAAAGAGUACGUCACGCAGCACUAAGAGCAUUUAGCCCAUGAAGAUAUUAACCGGCAACAAAUGAUUUUCAUUCAUUUCUCCACUCGACUUCGUUUUGAAUAGGCAUUCUGCAAAGCUAAUCGUGUUUACUGCACAACAUGUGAAGUCACAGGUAAUUUAACAACAGCAGUUCAAUUAGUGGAGAGUGCACGCAAACAAGCAUCGGCAUUGCAUUCGCCGUAUCACCGGCAGAGCCACUGAGACGUUUCUUUGGAGGGAGGCAGAGCUGUAAAUAUCCUCAGAAAUUCAAACACAAUAUUGUACAGACAUGCACCACUGAGGAAAAAAAAACCCAAUCAAUUCCCCAUAGAUGUUUGCUUUCUUCUGGUUACGUUUGAUCAGGAAUUCACAUUCAUCUGUUCAAAAGCUCCAAGAAGUAUGUGUGUGUAAUGGCUGCCUGAGACACUGUAAGCCUCAAUAGCUGGCUUGUCCAAGGAGGGUUUUACCUUUUUGGCAGGAAGUGAACGUAGUCUCACUUUGUGGCACAGAGGGUGGAUGGAGAAGGGGGAGAAUGGCGUGGCUCAGAUCAGACUGGUGGUCCAAAAUUCUGGUUUGAUUUUAGGUGUCAUGCUUUUCUCCCCACUGCUUUCUGGGGCUAAAUCCAAACAAGAGUCUGGUUCAUUGUACUGCUGACACACUGCCCUCAUGACUUCCCCCUCUGGAGUCAAUAAAACAAGUUCCUUUACACCACAGUUAAGGUUGCAAGUGAGAAAGUACUCUCAAUUGUGCACAAACAAACACAAAACAAUGUUCAAUACUACUGUACCUGAUGUAACUACUACUUUCAUGAUUAAUCCUGCAUUCAGAGUACUGUUAAUUGCAAACUUGGAAGAUACUCCUUUUUCACUGCCAUGUUGUCGUGUCGCCGCAUUAAAUGCUCAGGUGUAAAUAAAGUGAAUGAAUGCUGAA